UACAUUGUGUGAAUUGCAAGCAAUAGGCGGCGCUAAUGCUCUCCCGUUAUUGUAAUGAAUAUUUAAAACCAACGAAGAAGAAGCGUUAGCUGCAUAUUUCCUGUUGCUUCUCUGAUGUCCUGACUUACGUUUCAACUACUGGUUGUUAAGGGAAGGAAAGAUGUCAGGUGCUGGGGGAGGAAAGCGUCCCCCAGGCGGGGACAGCCCCCCUGGCCCACCUGAAAAGAAAAGCAAGAAAGAAGAGAAGACCACCACCACGCUAAUUGAGCCAAUACGCAUAGCUGGAGUCUCCUCUACGGAGGAAAUGGACAUGAAGGUUCUCCAGUUCAAGAAUAAGAAGCUAUGUGAACGCUUGGAGCAGAGACAGGCGAUGGAGGAUGAGCUGAGAGAGAAAAUUGAGAAGCUGGAGAAGAGACAAGCCACUGAUGACACUACCUUGCUGAUUGUUAAUCGCUACUGGUCACAGUUGGAAGAGAACGUGCGCAUUCUGCGUAAACGUAUUGAGCCAGAUCCUCCAGUCGUUUCUACCCCUGCCCCACCCUCAGCAACCAUCCCUGACCAAACACCAAUGGAGGAAGAUAGUGUCAACCUGGCUUCGCCUUCUGGCGUGCCUCCCCCUCCUGUGCCAGAGGCCCAGAACGAGGGUGAGCGGCCAGAGCAGCAACAGGAGGAGCGUCAGGAAGAGCGUCAGGAAGAGGAGCAGCAGCAGCCCCCUCCUCCCACUGGGUCAGAUGAUUUACUGACACCAUCAGAGUCACAAUCGGAUUCAAAAACAGAUACAUCACCGCCACCUCCUCCCCUGAGUGAAAAUGCCAAGGGUUUCUUGUCGACUCUGGAGCAGAGCAGCGAGGAGGAACUAACUCUGCACCUCCAGGACCGCAUGCAGUUCAGCAAAGAAGCCAUCGCCUGCUUGGUCUGCGUCUUUGAUAGGCUGCACAGUCACAUCAGUGACAUGUGCAAGGUGGUCCAAGCUGCAGGAUUUGAAGAUGACGGCCAGUCUGACAUCAUCAAUCUGAACUGCACUCUGCUGGACGAGAACACUCGACUGCGAGACUUAGCCACUCUCCUGCAGGGGAGACACCAUAAGAUGUCCAUGGAGUAUAAUGAGCUUGUGGACAAGGUGACCAGCUCAGAGACCAAGGUGACUGAGAUGGAGACAACGGUGGAGGACCUGCAGUGGGACAUUGAGAAACUGCGCAAUAGGGAACAAAAGCUUAACAAACAUCUAGCAGAGGCCAUGGAGCAGCUAAAGUCAGGAUACAGCAGCACUGGCAGCUCAGGUGGGCUGGCUGGAGGCCAGAUUACACUGAAUAUUCAAAAGUUUGAGAGUCUCAAUGCAGAGCUGGAGCACAACCAGGAGCUGGCAAAUAGCCGCAUGGCAGAAUUGGAGAAACUACAGGUGGAGCUCCAGGAGGCUGUGAGGGAGAGUGAGAAGCUCAAGAUGGACCUGCGUAAUAUUCCAGAGGAGGUUGUGAAGGAAACGUUGGAGUACAAAUGUCUGCAGUCUCAGUUCUCCCUCCUGUACAACGAGUCUCUAGGAGUGAAAACCCAGCUGGAUGAGGCACGGGCUCUCCUGCUCACUGCGAAGAACGCCCAUCUCCGACAGAUUGAGCACAUGGAGAGUGAUGAGCUGUCUCUUCAGAAGAAGCUGCGGACUGAGGUCAUCCAGCUGGAGGAUACUCUGGCCCAGGUGCGCAAAGAAUAUGAGAUGCUGCGUAUUGAAUUUGAGCAGAACCUGGCAGCCAACGAGCAAGCAGGACCAAUCAACAGGGAGAUGCGACACUUGAUCAGCAGCCUCCAGAACCACAACCUGCAGUUGAAAGGCGACGUGCAGCGCUACAAGAGGAAAUUGCGGGAAACGCAGCUGGAGAUCAACAAGUUACGCUGUCAGAGUGGCGACACUGGAGUUCUGAUUUUGGAGGAGACGACGAGCGACAGCAUUGACGUGAAAAAGGAGGAGGAUGACGACCAGGAGGAAGAAGAGGAGAGGAGGAGGGAGCUGGAGAGACAGCGAGCCCGAGAGAGGGAGCGGGAGAGGGAGAGGGAGGCCGAGCGAGAACGAGAGAGGGAGCGGGAAAGAGAGAGGCAGCGCAGCGACGAGCUGAAGAGGAAAGACUCAGACACACUGAAGAUGCUCAGAGUAGAACUCAAGAAAGCCCAAGAGUCCCAGAAAGAGAUGAAGCUUCUGCUGGACAUGUAUAAGUCAGCGCCAAAGGAGCAAAGAGAUAAAGUGCAGCUGAUGGCGGCCGAACGCAAGUCUAAAGCUGAGGUGGAUGAGCUGAGGAUGCGAGUACGAGAGCUCGAGGAGAGGGAGAGGAAGGAGAGCAAAAAACUGGCUGAUGAAGACGCCCUCAGGAAAAUACGAGUGGCAGAAGAGACCAUUGAGCACCUGCAGAAGAAACUCGCUGCCACUAAACAGGAGGAGGAAGCCCUGUUGAGUGAGAUGGAUGUAACAGGCCAGGCCUUUGAAGACAUGCAGGAGCAGAACAGCCGGCUGUUGCAGCAGUUGCGCGAAAAGGACGAUGCCAAUUUUAAGCUGAUGAGCGAGCGAAUUAAAUCUAACCAGAUCUACAAGCUGCUGAAAGAGGAGAAGGAGGAGCUGGCUGACCAAGUUCUUGCAUUCAAAACCCAGGUGGAUGCCCAGCUGCUGGUUGUGCAGAAAUUGGAAGAAAAAGAGGGAGUCCUACAGAGCACCCUGGCAGCUCUGGAAAAGGAACUGGCUGUCAGAACACAAGCACUAGAGCUGAACAAGAGGAAGGCAGUGGAGGCCGCACAGCUGGCAGAGGACCUGAAGGUGCAGCUGGAGCACACGCAGGCCAAGCUGAAGGAGAUCCAAGUCUCUGUGGCUGAGAACCGCACUGCCCGGGAGAGGGAGAGCAGCAACCUGAAGCGAGCACAGGAGGAUCUGUCCAGGCUCAGAAGGAAGCUGGAGAAACAGAAGAAGGUGGAGAUGUACUCGGAUGCAGACGAGAUUCUGCAGGAGGAGAUCAAUCAGUACAAGGCCAAGCUGCGUUGCCCCUGUUGUAACACCCGAGACAAGGAGACGGUGCUCACCAAGUGUUUCCACGUUUUCUGCUACGAAUGUCUGAAGAUGCGUUACGACACCCGACAGAGGAAGUGCCCCAAGUGCAACUGUGCAUUCGGAGCCAACGACUUCCACCGCAUCUACAUCACUUAAGUCACUCUGGAAGAAGAAGAAGAAAACGAGGCGUGACUACAGAAAAUAGUAGACAGAACCAAAGGAGAGAAAUAAAUAGAAAAAUGAUAAAGGAACUGGAGAUUUAUUCAAAGAGGCAGACAUUUUUGGGAUCACAGAUGAGUGUGUCCCCUGUUUUUAAUCUCUUUGGAAGGACUUGUUUUAAUCCAUCUUGGUUAUUUUUUUUCAUUAAGUUGGUGACCAAACAGAAAAGCCCUUUUCAGACAUUAAAUGCAUGACAUCCUGUCAGUCAAACACGGGUCAUUUUUAAUGCUCCUAACGGCUUUACAGUGACGCAGAGAGCCACGGUACGCUCCACAAUUCCCUAAUGUUUAGUUGUCUUACCCGCUGUCACUGAGAGCAGAGUCUCUAAGUCAGCACGCGCUGCAGCAAAUGAUAACAAAAUCCUCCCACCCCUAUCACGCCUGCUCCGAGAGCAAUCACUCUUCUGAAUUGGGAAUUGGGGGAAAAGCAUCAUGGAGGAGUGUUUUUAAUCUUAUUUUAAAUGGGAAAAAAACAGUUCUUAAGCACAUGCUGUUGGUGUCAAAAGCAUUGCAGUGAGCUGCGCAACUUGCAAUGUAAAUUCAUAAGACUUUAGUGAGUGAUCAAGGUUGCUAGGUCCAAAUUAGUGAGAUUGCUGCUGUGAAAAUGUGAUCAGGGUGCUCAGUCUGACUCAAAGCGGGCCUGCUCAUGAGUGCAUGUCUGAAAAGGGUUUUAGUGACACAUCGGACUGAGAGUGUUUGUUUUGUAGUUAAUAAACACAGUUUUUUUUCGUGCACAGUGAUUUUUCUCUUACAAGUUGAGCUGCUCGGCACUGUUCUCCUGUCUUUGCUGUUCUUUACUGUGUUAAAAUGGUCUCUUUUUCACAUACCGGGCCCACUUUUGCAGUCUCUCUCUCUCUUUUAUCUUUUAAUGUAUCGUUUUAAAAACUUGGAACUGCAGUGAACUGUGUUCGAUCAUCUUGAAAUAUUGCUUUGAAUUGUUCAAGUCCUGCUGGUAUUUUGGAGGUCCCAUAAAGUCAUUGAAGCUGAAGUUUAAACUCACAAAUUAAAAGAAGUCGUUCUUUACA